CGGGAGCCGGCGCGGCGGCGGCCGCCGUGUCCUCGGGGCCGCUGACCCCCGCCGGGCUCAGGGCACGUCUGAUGGUCGGAAGCGGCCCUGGUCCCCGCGAAGAUGGUUAUAAACCUCUGCCUACCUCAGUUCAGGCCCAGGAUCCACUGCAACAAGAUUUCGGCGGACGGCUACGAGGUGGAAAACCUCAUCUCCGAAGACCUGACCAAGAGGAACCGGGGCUUCCGGACCGAGUAUUUCAUCAAGCCCCCCGUGCACAUCACCAUCUCCUUCCCCUUUGGUGUGGAAGUCUGCAGGGUCAACGUGGACCUGGCGGCCGGAGGUCUCCACGCCGCUACUGGGCUGGACGUCUACACAUCCACCUCGUCCAGCCGGAGCUCCUGGGGCCGGGUUGAGUCCCAGCCCCUAGGGGGUCCUGAAAAAGAGGGGUUCACCCUGGUGGGGAAGGCGCUGCUGAAGAGCCAGAGCAGGGUGACAUUCAGCCAUCGGGGCUUUAAGGCCAGGCCCCCUUUCCAGCUCCCAGAAGCGGAGCCCUCCUACCCCGGGGCGGUGUCUCAAGAGCUCUGGAACCGGGGACCCUCUUCUCUGCACCAGGUGACCCACGUGAAGCUCUGCAUCACCCACGUGGUGGGCGGGGGCUGCCCCUGCAUCAAGAGAGUGGAAGUGUGGGGCCAACCUGCCCGGUCCUGCCCCCACGAGGUCCUGGCCAGCAUCCUGCCAGUGGCUUCCCAGAGCCCCCCUCGGGGCCCGGCGCCCAUGGAGAGCGACUGCGGGCCCCCCUCCGGCUCUGAGGAGGACCGGUCCCCGGGCCUCCGGGAGCUGGCGGACGGGGUCCCGGACGUGCCCGAGGAGUUCCUUGACCCGAUCACCCUGGAGAUCAUGCCCUUCCCCAUGCUGCUGCCAUCGGGCAAGGUCAUCGACCGGAGCACCUUGGAGAAGUGUAACCGGAGCGAGGCCACCUGGGGCCGCGUGCCCAGCGACCCUUUCACCGGCGUGGCCUUCGGCCACCAGUCCCAGCCUCUGCCCCACCCGGCCUUGAAGGCCCGGAUAGACCACUUCCUGCUGCAGCACAGGGUCCCGGGCUGCCAUCUCCUAGGGCGGGGACAAGCGGCUGGCCUGGUGGCCCCCUCCUCCUCCAUCGCGCUGCCUUCUCUGAAGCGGAAGCUGGGCUGCCUGGAGGCCUCCCCGCUCGGGGACCCGCCUGCAAUUCCCUCCAGUUCCGUCCCGCCCGCCAGGGCUAAAAAACUGAAGACCGACAGCGAGCCCAGCCUCACGCACAUGGACUGCUCCACAGGUCCCGUGUCUCACGAGCAGAGGCUGUCGGAGAGCUUGGACACUGCAUUGAUGUCUGCCCUCAGCUCCAUGCCCUCGUUCACCACGCGGCUGGCCAAGGGGCUGCCCCCCUGCUCCAGCGAGGGGAGCAGCAGUUCGUGGGGGGCGAACCCCGCACCCGAGCUGACCCAGAGCAGCGCAGGCCACGGAUGUGCGGCCUGCGGAAGAACGUUCUCCCCGUAUUUCAAGACGGAGCCGGUCUACCAGCUGCCCUGCGGGCACCUCGUGUGCCGCCCCUGCCUCGCCGUGCAGCAGGGGUCGCAGUCCGUGCUGUGCGCCAGUUGUAAAAGGUCAGUGGCCAGCCAGGACGUGCUGAGGGUCCACUUCUAACCAGUCCACCUCGCCCAACUGAGCGGCCAGUGACCAAAGGAGCCCAGGAGAGGAGGGGGAAGGAGCUAGUCACAUCUCUCCGCCUGGGCCCGUCCGUCGGCAGCCGGGCAGAUGGGGGGCUGGGGCGUGGGAGUUCGAGCAGUUAACGCUGGGCUUCCCAGGAGCGAGGGGGGUGGGGAGGGCGGGAGCUCGCCAGCCGAAGCAGGAAAGGAAAACAAGCCAUACGCUUCCCCCCAAGGAGAAGUGAAUCUGAGCCGACCCUCUUCCCUUCAGCCCAGCCUAGCUUCUGGCACCACCCCAGCCUUCCAGCCACCUGGUGGUCGGGGCCAGGCAUCGUGGCUCCCCUGAGCCAGCCCCCGACCUGUCUGCCCCCCAUCCCUCGGAACCAUUCCCCCCCACACCGAACGAUGAACGUCAGGGGCUUUUGGGGCAAUAAAAGCCCUGGUCAGAGUCCCGCUCGGGCCCCAGUGGUGAAGUUUGAUUUUACUUCCGCUCUGUUCCCGUCCCGAGGGUGGCAAUGUGCCCCCCCUCCCCGGGCAUGUGUAUCUCGGGGAUGGCCCACGGCUGCCUCCCCUGCAAUCCGAGGGUCCCAGAUGAGGAACGAGAGCCAUGCUGUCCCGUCUUCCCAGCUACCAGGACCGGUCGUCUCCGAAACCUCACUGGGGCUCAUUUCCAAGAUGACACGGGGGCGUUAAGCCUUCCGCUCUUCGAGUUUGUGAUGGGCUGGGUUCCCAAAAACCUAGUCCAGGCUGGUCCACUGCCACUGCCCGCUAUGUAGUAAGCACUUAACAACUACCAUUUUUUUUUAAAAAAGGGGGGGGCGGUGAGGCGUGCAGUCAGAGAUCAGCCUGCCUUUGGUUCAGGCAUUUUGCCAUUUUCCCAAUGUGGGCAGCAAGACUCCCAGAUUCCCAGGAGUGACAGUCCCUCUCAAGGUCAUCUCGGCCAGCCCUCUGCCUCAAGGCUGAACCGUACAUAAUAAAUGUGCUAUUUGUUAAACGCUUA